AUUAAAGAAUAGGGGGAGAUAAGUGAAUGAAAGACAACUCAAAGCUACUUUACUACAAACGAAAAGUGAAACAGAAAACCGAAUAAGGGAGACUGUAGUACGCUAAUGAGGUGGAAAAGCGAGAGGAGGAAAUGAGGCCGUAGAAAUAGGAGGAAAGGAGAGUGAAUUCAAAAGAGGAGGAAAUCAGGAGGAGGAAGAGCGGCCGUGUAUGUGAUGGGAUGAAGUGAGGGACGUGUCGCCACUACGCCUCGAGUCACUACCAGGAAGAUCAGCUAAUUGGUGGUGGUGGAGGUGGUGGUGACUCUAGUCUUACCUGCUAUGGUGCUCAUUUCCUGAAGAUAAAGGUUAGCCUCUGGCCUGCCCACUGUGGUGCAAGAUGACAGACAGGGAGGGCAGCCCGCCAGACCUGCAUGCCACCACCUCCAAGCUGCAGCUGCCAGUCAUUGAGGAGCUGAAUCUGUACGUCAACUCAAAGAUAGCCAAAAUCAUUGCAACGGGAGUGGUGAUUGUGUUCAUCACCUACCAUGGAUUCUUGCACGCUGUUGAUGGAGGAGACUCGUGUCAGCGGCUGCUCUCUGACGGCCGGUUCCAGGGAGCGCUGGUGUGGCAGCCGUAUGGGUGCAUGCUGCACACAUACUCCAACACAGACUCUCGGCGCUGCAUGCGGUACGUGGCGUUCCUCAAGCAGCAGAACCACAUGCUAUUUGUUGGAGACUCAAGGAUACGGCAGAUGUUCCUGGCCAUGGUGAAGCAGAUUGCCGUGACCCACCCCAAGCUGCCCGAGUCUCCCCACGAGGACCUGCACUACAACGACACCAACCUGCACCUCAACAUUGACUUUUACUGGCGCCCAAACAUUGACGAGGAGUUUGCUAAGAUUAUUGGACAUCUCAAGAGGAAGUCACCGCUGCCCAAGCUGAUUGUGAUGGGCAGUGCCACUCACUCCAUCAAGAACCACAAUGGCUCGGCUGCUGCGCUGGAUGCUUACAAGAAAAACAUCACUGCCAUCUCAUCCGCGCUGGAUCAGAUAGGCAACCGCACCCGCCUGCUGUGGAUGCUUCAGGAUCCGGUGGUCCCCGAGAGACUCAAGCCCCACCAGUGUGCCAUCACCAACGAUCAGCUGGACCUCUACAACAUGGCAGCAAUGGAGGUUCUGUAUGACACCAAGGUGAGGAUCUGGUCCAGCUCGCGCCUGGUGGCUCAGGGCAGCAUUGGUGGCUUCACGGACGGCAUCCAUGCUGGGGAGGUGGCCGUCAAGUACGACACGCAGAUCUUGAUGAACCUGUACUGCAAUGAUCACCUCAACUUCAAUGAUGGCACGUGCUGCAACUCCAGAGAGGCUGUGACCAUGACGCAGAUUGCAACCUUCGCUGCUCUCUGCUUCUGCCCCAUCAUCAUGAUCGCUGUGGCAGUCAAGCAGUGGUUCUGUGUCUCGAAUCACAUGGGAGGAGGAGGAGGCGGAGGAGGAGGAGCAGGUGGAGGAGGAGGAGGGGGAGGAGGUGGGACAUUGCCAGCAGCCCCGUCCUCGUUGCCCAGUGCGGAGUGUUCCCAGCACCGCCACAAGGCAGCCAGCGUGGACAUGAGGGGUGACCUGCACUCCUCCUACAGGGAGUUCCUCUUUGCACUGGGGAAGCUUGGUCUCAUCAUGGGAUACUUCUUCCUUUGUGACAGAACCAGUUUGUUUAUGAAGGAAAACAAGUACUUCUCUCACCUCAACUUCUGGCUGCCAUGGGGCUACGUGUUUGCCCUGGGCCUCUUCUUCACUGAGGACACGUCACACACCAGGCUGCUGCACCGCGACAUGACUGAUGAGUGGAAGGGUUGGAUGCAGCUGGUGAUCCUCAUCUACCACAUGACAGGGGCCUCACAGGUGCUGCCAGUGUACAUGCAUGUGAGGGUGCUGGUAUCCUCCUACCUGUUCCUCACUGGCUAUGGCCACUUCUCCUACUACUGGACUGCCGGGGACAUGGGCAUUGUGCGGUACUGUCAGGUAAUGUUCCGCAUCAACUUUGUGGUGGUGAUCCUGUGCCUGGUGAUGAAUCGUCCCUACCAGUUCUACUACUUUGUGCCACUGGUGUCGUUCUGGUACACAGUGAUGCACGUGACGCUGGUGCUGCCGCCACGCAUCACCCCGGCCAGCACACGCCAACUCAGGCGGUCACCCUUCAAUUACCUGUACAGCAUCAUUAAGUUCAUUGGCCUUGGAGGGUUCAUCACCGUGCUCUUCUUGUCUGAGGUGUUCUUUGAGAAGAUCUUUGUGAUGCGUCCCUGGAAGGCGCUGUUUGUCACCACAGACGAUGACAUUCAUGAGUGGUGGUUCAGGUGGCAGCUGGACAGAUACAGCCUGCUGUACGGCAUGAUGUUCUCGGCUGUGUACAACGGCCUCACACAGUACAGCCUCAUCAAUGACCAGAGCAACUCAAACAUCCUCAGUGCCCGCCUCGCCCUGCUGGUGUCCUUUGCUGCCACUGUCUUCAUUGCCUCCUACACCACCAUGACGGUCAUCUGCACCAACAAGCCGGACUGCAAUGAGAUACACCCCUAUGUGGUCUGGGUGCCAAUCACAGGUUUCAUUGUGCUGCGGAACAUGGUUGGCAUUCUGCGGACCCGCUAUUCGUCUUUCUUUGCCUGGUUUGGCCGCAUCUCUCUGGAGCUGUUCGUGUGCCAGUACCACGUGUGGCUGGCAGCUGACACUCAUGGUGUGCUGGUGCUCAUCCCCUCCUACCCAGUGGCCAAUGUGCUUGUCACCUCCUUCAUCUUCAUCUGCAUUUGCCACGAGCUUCACCACAUCACUGACGUUCUCACACCCUUCCUGGUGCCCAACGACUCCCUGAGGGCUGUGCGGAACCUCUCGGUGUUCCUCUUCCUCCUCAUGGCCAUUGGCGUACAUGAUGGAGUGUUCUAGUGAGUCUCUUUUUGCGUGAGAGAGGCACUGGCCAAAGACAACUAAUGGAGAGAAAAAAGGUCCACCGGAGAGGGCUGGUCACAAAAGAAAGGUCAAAAGAUCAACCAAAACUGGAGGUUGACUGUGUGGAAAAUUCCCUCUUGUGCUGGUGACUCCCCCCUCU